AUGCUAGGACAAUACAAGUUUAAGAUCGUAUAUACGCUAGGAAAAGACAACGGCAGAGCCGACGCUCUUAGCCGAAGACACGAUAUCGCCGGAACGAAGGAAAUUAUCAACACCGCGAUACUCAAGGUCAACAAGGACGGAUUACUAGGACCAGCUAAAACGCUGAACAACCUAAUGAUGACAAUCGCACACGAAGUACCAGAAGAAUUGCAGGAAGCAAUUAUCGCGCAACACCACGACGACCCCGUACAUGGGCAUCCUGGUAUUGCAAGAACAAUAGAACUCAUUAAACGGAAUUACGAGUUUCCAGGAAUAAAGGACAAAAUCGCCUCCUUUAUCGCCAAGUGCGCAGACUGUUAG